UUUAUCCUUCUUACUUGGGCACUCGAAAUUUGCAGCGAAAAUGGGUGCAACUACUGGCAUUGGCGCACUCUCUCUGAUUCACUGUUUUUCCAAAUCCCACACACUGUCUUUUGCAUCCUUCCGCACUCUCCCUCGCUUCACGUGCUCCUUCUCUUCCUCCAUCAAUUUCAACAUCUCCUUCGCUCCCCCUAAACCCAAGCCCAAGCCCAAGUCCGAGCCCAACCCCGACCUCGACCUCCAACCCGACGUCUCGAGUGAGCCCGAUGGGCCGCUUCUCAUCCCGUGGAUCGUCCGAGGUGAGGACGGUAACCUCAAGCUCCAAUCCGAACCUCCCCCGAGCCUCCUCAAGGUCAUUGCCACCGCUCAAACCGGAACCAGAAAGGACAGCAACCAAACCAAAACCACCGCCGCCACCAGCAAACCUCAAAAGAUUCGCUCGACGGCGCCGCCGCAGCAUUCCAAAGCGGCGAGGCGAUUCUACAACCAAAACAUCAAGGAGCCCUCCGGCGCGCGUCUCAGUAAGGUCCUCGCCGCAUCCGGAGUUGCGUCGAGGAGAAGCUGCGAGGAGCUUAUCUUUGAAGGGAAAGUUACGGUGAAUGGUUCCGUGUGUAAUACGCCUCAGACUAGAGUUGAUCCUGCGAAGGAUGUUAUCUAUGUGAAUGGGAACCGGCUUUCCAAGAGGCAACCUCAGAAGGUUUAUUUGGCUUUGAACAAACCGAAAGGGUAUAUAUGCUCGUCUGGGGAGAAGGAGUCUAAAUCUGUGAUAAGUUUAUUUGAUGAUUUCUUGAACACUUGGGGUAAAAAGCAUCCGGGGGUACCCACACCACGGUUAUUUACUGUAGGGCGCCUUGAUGUUGCCACUACUGGGCUAAUUAUUGUGACUAACGAUGGGGAUUUUGCUCAAAAGCUUUCUCAUCCUUCGUUUAAUUUAUCAAAAGAAUACAUUGCCACAGUCGAUGGUUCAAUUUACAAGAGGCACUUAAUAGCCAUAAGCGAGGGAACAACCAUUGAGGGUGUCCAUUGUGUACCUGAUGCCGUGGAAUUACUUCCACGUCAGGCGGAUAUGCAAAGAGCUCGUAUUCGCAUCGUGGUCCAUGAAGGGAGGAAACAUGAAGUUCGUGAACUUGUAAAAAGUGCUGGACUUGAGAUUCAUUCGUUAAAACGAGUACGCAUUGGUGGGUUUAGACUUCCACCAGACCUUGGGUUAGGGAAGUAUAUCGAGUUAAAUACAACAAACCUUAACGCAUUGGGGUGGAAGAGUUAACAAAUAUGCUUCUAAAUUAUUGGACUUCAAAAAUAUUUCUCGAGCUUGCUUAUUCAGAUUGGAACAGCUCUGAUGCCAUCGGUGUUCGUCAGCAUUACUUGUUGGAUUUGAGCUGUUGAAUUCUGAUAGUUGGUGAACUGAUUGGGAGAUUAUUUUGAACAGUGGCAGUGCUCACUGUGGAGUGUUUGACGUGAAGCCAAUAUGCUUUCGCAAUCAACGUAUCUGUAUGUUGUAGAAGAACUGGGAGAAGAUUUUAAACCAAUGCUUAGGAGAGAUACGAGCUUUUCCUAUGAACGUGAAGCCCGGGAAUUGAUGACAUGUUUGUUGAAAUCGUUGUAAACGGUGCGAAUUGUCUAUAAAAUGACACAAGUCAUUUGCCAUAAUAUAUAGGCCAUUAGUUUUCUUCCA